AUGGCGGAAGAUGAAGAAUCCGACCCGAUGAAGAUAUCCGAAUCAGUGAAUCGGGUCAUCAACGAGCUAAAAGAGCUGUGGUCCAUGGCGCUGCCAAUCACAGCCAUGAACUUAGUCAUAUAUAUCCGAGCCAUGCUCUCAGUCUUCUGUUUAGGACGGCUUGGAAGCUUAGAACUCGCUGGUGGAGCCUUCGCAAUCGGUUUCACAAACAUCACCGGGUACUCAGUCCUCUUUGGACUCGCAUCCGGACUCGAACCCGUUUGCAGCCAAGCAUACGGGUCCAAGAACUGGGACCUGAUUACCCUCUCCUUACAUCGAAUGGUCGUGAUCUUACUCAUUACAAGCCUACCCAUCAGCCUCUUAUGGUUAAAUAUCAAGAAGAUCAUGGUUUUGGUGGGCCAGGAUCAUGAAAUCAUGGCAAUCGCAGCCACUUACUGUAUGUACUCUCUACCUGAUCUGGUGAUUAAUGCAUUUUUACAACCAGUUAGAGUGUAUCUACGAUCACAAGGUGUGACGAAGCCGAUGAUGUAUUGUGCUGUGAUUGCUCUGAUCUUUGAUGUCCCACUCAAUGUACUGCUGGUGUUUGUUUUGAAAUGGGGUGUGCCAGGUGUGGCUAUUGCUGCUAUGUUGAGUAAUCUCAACAUGGUAUUGUUUUUGGUUGGAUAUCUACAGUUUUCAAAGGUCUGUGAGCCUACGUGGAGGGGUUGGUCAAUCGUGGCCGUUCAUCAGUUGUGGCCACUGUUGGAACUGGCGGUUCCCAGUUGUUUUGGGAUAUGCUUGGAGUGGUGGUGUUAUGAAAUCUUGACCGUUCUUUCAGGUUACUUGCCUAAUCCUAGAGUAGCUGUGGCUACUACGGCCAUCUUGAUGCAGACAACCAAUCUCAUGUAUACAGUGUCCAUGGCCUUGGGGUCAUGUGCUUCUACAAGGGUGGGGAACGAACUAGGAGCAGGAAAUCCAGACAAGGCCAGGCUCGCAACGAUGGUUGCAUUCGGAUGCGCAUUCUUGAUCGGAAUCUUCAACGUGGUAUGGACGACUGUCUUUAGACGACGAUGGGCGAUUAUAUUCACAAAUGAUGCUCCAGUGCUGGCAUUGGCAGCAUCUGUGAUGCCGAUUGUGGGGUUAUGUGAGCUUGGGAAUGGCCCACAAACAACUGGCUGUGGGGUCCUGCGAGGGACGGCCCGCCCUGCAAUUGGCGUGCGCAUUAAUCUCGCUUGCUUCUAUGUUCUUGGCAUACCACUAGCCAUUGUGCUCACAUUUUGGAUCAAGGUGGGAUACAUAGGAAUUUGGUUUGGGCUAUUGACAGCUGAGAUCAUGUGUGCACUUUCGAUUAUGUUUGUGGUGAUGAUGAAGACAGAUUGGGAGGUUGAGGCCCACCGAGCUAAGAAGCUUGCUAACGUUGAGAUGGGUGAUCAUUCUAGUAGUACUGUUAGGGAGCUUGAUGAAAUAGAAAGAAAUAGUCUUUUGGUUAGUGAUGAUGAUUUUUAAAUCUAUGUAUUUAUGUAUGUUUUCCUUUGGAUUUGA